CUACUCGCCAUCUUGAUGUAGAAGCAUGUCGGCUUGUAUUGCUUACAUGAGGCGUAUGUCAGGGAUACUGAAAAUAGACAACUUGAAACUAGAAUUUUAUUAUUUUGGGAUAUAACAUACUUUGGCCUGUAAACUGAAUAAUUGUGAAUCCAUGGAAUGAUAAAAUGGAGUUUCAGGACUUGGAGUUUCUGGAUCUAUCCAACAUACCUGAAAAUGAAGCAAAACAGAUCCAUCUUCUGCUUCAUCCUCCUGAUGGUACAUACAAUGUAGAGCUACCAUGGGUUAAACAUGCAACUACCAUAUCUCCAAGAGAAAUACACAGUUCAGUACAGCUUCAAAAAAUAAAAGAUCACAACAUUGAUGAGGCGACACUACCAACCAUAGCCCCUCUUAACCCACCACCAGCUGUUCUGAGUAAUCCUCCAGUUGUUCCUCCACACUUUGUCUCUUCAAGUGGAGCUACAGCUUUGCCUCAUCUAGCUGGAAGUCAGGCUUUUCCUUUCAUACCUCGCUCUUAUCCUCUGCUUCCUCAUCGUUUUCCACAUUCAAGCCCAUCUGUCUUUACUGGUAGUGUUUCUCAGCAAGAAGUGACAGUUGUUCAUCAGAGCUCACUCCCACCUGCUUUUCCUUCUCAUGCUACUAAUAGAGAAUAUAUUUCUGUUUCAAAUGAAGACUCUGAAAACAUCAUAAAUGUCCAGAAAAAAGGGGAUGUUACUGCUAACAAUCAGGUUUUACAAAAUGACAAAAAAAAUAGUUCUGAUUACUGUAGCUCUGUUGAUGAGGCAAAAACACAACGAUCGGGUCAUCAAGGAAUAAAUAAGGAAGAAUCUUUACCUACAGGAAUACCAAGUGUGGUUCCAGUGCCUUUUACUGUGCCCCCUAACAGUUUUCCUGUCACUACUGGCACCAUACCUGUGGCAGCAGCUGCUACAAGAUACCCACCGGGUAUAGCUCCUGUUCACUAUCAACCUCAGGGGCCUUCUGCACCAGUGUUAUAUGCAGUUCCAUUUAUAUCUUCUGCUUACCCUGGGUUUAUUCACCCUCAAACAUCUCCAGUUAUUAGUGAACAUCAUGGACAAGAGGAUGGGCAUACUAGUGAUAAAAAUGGUGCAAGGAUGAGUUCAACUGUUCAGUCUGUUGCUGGAGAACAUCAUGAAUUGUAUGUUACCCCAACUUGUAAUUCAAAUGAUUCGAAACUUACAAUGACGUGUGUUACUUAUUCUCAACAGUCCCAAACUAAUACCUAUCAAACCAUACAUUCAGGUGAAGUGCAGAAAAGUCAAAUUAUUCCAGAAUUCAAACUUGAAUUUUCUUCUGACAGUAACAAUGAAGUUCAAAAAACUUCAUCAGCAACAAUGAUACCUGAGAAUUCAAAUGCCAAUGAAAUGAUUAGUAAACAACCAUUUCUUUAUAAACAAACAUCUAACGAUGAAUAUUUAUGUUCAGGUCACCCUCACAUUACACCUGUGGACAAAGAUAAUUCCUCAGAGAAACAUAGUGAAUCUAGUGAUGUUUCUUCAGAUUGUUUAGUGACAGGAGCACAAACUAAGAUACCAAUAAUUGUAAAAAGGGACUGCUCAAGCAGCGAACCUGUUUUAUCACCUACUCAAGUAGACACUAACAGUGAUUUAGCUGGAAAAGUUAAAAAUACUAAUGUUUGGCAGCGUAGAUCAGGAGCAGACUUGUUUAAAGAUCAGCACUUAAGUCAGACUCUUCCUCAGGAAAGUGAUAAAAUCUCAUUUCCUACAGUUUCUUCUACUAAAGUCCCAGAAAUAGUAGAAAAUGAAGAGUUGGAAGAUGGAAAAGAAUAUAAGAUUGUGAAAGCUGAGGAAGAUUUAUUAGCUGUGAAGCUAGUUAAAAUUUUUGAGAAUACACAACUGAACCAUACCACUCUAUUCUUACAACCUCGUGGACUUAUCAACCAGAGUAAUUGGUGCUACAUUAAUGCAACUUUGCAAGCUCUCCUGGUGUGUCCUCCAUUUUAUAAUUUGCUGAACAAGUUAACUGGUGUCCUGGGACAGAAUCGCACAAAGUCAUCAACUCCUAUUUUAGACAGUUUAGUGGAAUUCAUGCAAGAAUUUCCAACUGUGCCGCUUGUUGGCAGGAACAAGAGAAAAGAAGAUUUGGCUAUUGGAACUUCUUUUGAGCCUGGAAAUGUUUAUAAAAUGUUAAAUGUGAUCAAGUCGGAAUGUGUGAAGGGUCGUCAGGAAGAUGCUGAAGAAUUUCUGAGUUGCAUUUUAAAUGGGCUUCAUGAAGAAAUGCUAGCCAUUUUGAAAACUGUUAGGAGACAUGAAGAGAAUCCUGCUUGGAAAGAAGAAUUAGCUGCCAAUGGGCAUUUAGAUGACAAUGGGGAAGAAGGUUGGCAGGUGAUGGGACCAAAAAAUAAAAGCAUAGUUACUAGAUCUGCAAGCUUCUCUCGCUCUCCAAUUUCUGACAUAUUUGGUGGUCAGAUGCGGUCAGUUCUUACAGCAGGAAAUGAGUCCUCAGCUUUUCUACAACCAUUUUUUACACUACAGCUUGAUAUACAGUCAGAACAGGUUGACUCUGUGCUUGCAGCAUUAGAACAUCUUACAAGCAAGGAACCUGUUCAGGGUUAUACUUGUGCUAAAACAAAACAAGAGGUUGAAGCAUCGAGAAGAAUCACUUUAGAGGAACUCCCUUUGGUCCUAGUUCUUCAUUUUAAAAGAUUUGUUUAUGAUAAGGAUGGAGGUUCCAAGAAAGUAGUCAAAUGUACAGAAUACUCAGUCACGUUAGAGCUGUCAAGAGACCUAUUGUCUCAAGAAGUACGAAGCAAAUACAGCCAUAAAUCACUCCGCUCUUACAAACUGUUUGCAGUGGUAUAUCAUGAAGGAAAGGAAGCAGUCAAGGGCCAUUAUAUAACAGAUGUAUAUCAUGCUGGUAGUGGUGGAUGGCUACGCUGUGAUGACCGCACCAUAACUCCAAUUACAGAGACACAGCUUCUUCGUUACAGUCCACCCAGAGUUCCUUACCUUCUCUUUUAUCGACGUCUAGACACCAUACAGCCUGGUGUCUUGUUGAAAUGAAACGUUCUUUGUUUCUGUCUUCCUGUCUGUAGUCCAUACUGUACUGGUAAAGUUUAUUUAAUAUGAAGCCAUAGAAAAUUUAUGUUGUUGCAGUUUAUCUUUGUGUGUAUGUGGUUGUGCAGCAGUUGUUGUUGUUUGUUUACAUGUCAUCAAGCUUCAGAACAUUACUAGCAAUUCCUUGAAUGAUAUUGCCAUUUAGGUGACUGGUGGUGGUUUUGUACAUGUUAGAAAAAUUUUGACAAACAGUGUUUUACAUGAUCUGAAGUACAAUUCUAUUCUCCAUUUCUGUCUUCAUAACUAGGCCUACAUAAGAAAAAUGGCAUCAGAGAAGACAAAACUGCAAGUGUUUGAAGCUCAUUUUACCAAGUGUUAAAAGUUCAUAUAAAAGACUAGCCUGUAAUGGUCGUGUAAAGUUAUAUGCAUAUUUAAUAACAUACUGUACAUGAAUAGGCAUUGAUAGAACUGAGUUCAGUUGUUUUUAAUUUGUAAGCAUGUGAGGUACGGUUUGUUCAUAUUUAACAUUUGUAACUCUUUCUCCUUCUGUACCAAAAUGCUUAUUUACUGUUUAGCUUAUAUUCAGAAAGGAGUAUAACAUACCUUUUUGUGUCUUACUGUAUUCAAAGAUUCUGAAGAUGUUUACAAAAGGAAAAGAAAUGGGUGUAUUAGUUUCAUUGAAAAUGCUGAUUAUAUUUAUCUAUUCAAAACAAUAUAACAAUUUCAAGUAAUUCCUCUUUAAAAUGAUUGUGCUUUUUCUUAGUUUGAAAAAGUUUCUGAUCAACCCAUGUUGAGAUGAACAUAAAAAAAUCAACCUUUUGCUAUGCGAUUAUCAUUAACUUUGAUUGGAUUAUUUAUUUCAUUUAAAAAAAAAGAACUUUUUACAUAAUUAAUGAGUUGUUCAAUGCUGUAGAAAUAAUUUUCUUUCUUUGAGCAGGCUAGAAGUAUAUUGACAGCUGUAUUUUUAAUGAAUCACUACCGCUCUGGACAUGAAGGAAAAUAACUACCAUUUUUUCAUUUUCCUCAUAAUAACUGCAAUACACAAUAAUUUAGACAUAUCCUGAUCAUUGCAUUAUUACCUAAAUGUUCUAGCUCUUUAUAAGUUUGAUAUUGUAAAAUUGUGUAAUAAUUUCACUUAUUUUUUACUGCAGCUAUUACUAAUGAUUUUUACUGUUGCUAUGUCUACAUCAUGUUGAGAAACCUAUGGUUGUUUUUAAUCAUUCACUUGUUUAUCAUUCAAGUUUAUGUUGUGGGAUCUUUUUUAUUACCUUAAAAAUAUCUUUUGCAAACUUCCUUUGUACUACAGGAUAUAUGUGCUAUAAAAUGUAAAAUAAACAUCAGUUCUUAGGCACAAUACAUUUGGAUAUAUUCCACAGAAGGAGCUCUAUAUAAUAAGUACUUACAUUGAGGUUACAAUUGCUUUUAAAACAUUUAACUUGAAAAAUAUGGAAUUUAUAAAGUAACAUAAAUAAUUUCUCAUCUGUAGGUGCAUUACUGUUUCUAAAAUGAAAUUUCAUCAGCAAAAUGCUUACUUAUUUUUAAAAGAAUUUCAAUCAAAAAUUGAUCUUCUUCAGACGUGAAAGUGAAAUACUACUUUUUAAGAAUAUUAUAUAAUCUUUGUGAGAACAAUGGUAUGUGUUGUGACUAUACAAAUGUAAAACAUUAAACAAAUGCAAAUAUAUCUCUUGUGCUCUACCUAAAUGAAUACCCUACCUCUUAGGUGUCACUGGCAGAUGUCAAAUGCUCAACAGCUAGUACUAUAACUUUGUUAUAACAUAGUUAAUUUUUUUCACCUGUGAUAUUUUUAAAGAGGUGGUGCAGAUCAUUAUUAGGUCAGUGUAAUAUGGUUUUUGUCAUGAAACAUUUUUGAAUUGAAUUACCACAGACACAUAAAACUUGUUACUCUAUUCUAAAUGAACCAGUAGCUACCAUUCAAAACUUCCAGUCUUUGUAUUUUAUUUUUGUGUCUAUAAAACAUUUGAACAGGUUUCUACAAAAAAGUCAUAUUAAUCAUUAACAAAACUACAUGGGCAAAAUUACUUUUGUGGUUUCAACUGUUCAUUGAGCCAUAAAACAAAACAUUUUUCUUAGUUGGAUUUUUUUUUAUUUUGUCUGGAAACAAAAUAUUCUAAUAUUUAAUUACAUUAACCAAAUUUGAAAUAUCACUAUAGCAAGUUAUUUCUAAAGGAAUAGUUGUAGCAAGCAUGUGUAACAUUGUGCUCUGCAAGUUUUAUUUAUGUGUUAACUGCUAGCUGCAGACUCGAUUAUAUAAGUAUUUCUACUUCUUGAAAUAGUGUGGUUCUUUGUUGUUUCUGAUUUUACUUUUUACAUGUUAUAUAUUUAGUUUUCUUGGAUUUUCACACAUUUUAUUGUAUCUUGUCUUUUGAUGAUGAACUGUAUUAUAACAUAUUUUACUGCAAAUAUGAUUGCUGUUUUUUGUUUCUCAAUUAAAAGCAGAAAGCAAAUAGAAAGAAAUGAAUUAUAGAUUACUCACAUCUGUAAAUUUAUACUUGACAUUGUGAAGUGUAAAAUUUUCAAAAACUCAAACAAAUUGAGAAUUGAAAUUCCAAUACUUAACUUUUCAAAGGCUUUAAGCGUUAUUAUUUAAAAGGUUUUUAUAAUAUGAUUUUCAAGUAAAAUAUGCACUUAUGAUUUCAAUAUAUUGGAAGGAAAAAGUAGCACCACACUUGUUUAAAGUAGCUUAAUUUUGACCUGUUACCAAAGAACCCUUUGUGGUAUAUGGAAGUCUAAACACCACAAUACGCAUAUUUCAAAUACUUAAACUAAGUUGAUGACAACAGUUUAAAGAUUAUUCUAAAAACUGAAAGACAAAACAUAAACCAGCUUAAAUGAUGUUUAAAGCAGUGAAAAUAAAUUUUAAACAAUGUGACAUAUUUCUGUCAUAUUGCUUAUUUUUCCCUCAUUGUUGGUUGCAAUCUUCGUUAUUUACGACGUGAGUUGGAAACCUGUGCCUUUGGAAGCUGUUUUUAUCUGGCAUUGUUGUGGGUGUAGGUUUUCUUUAGAGAAUUUUUAAUGAUGUGUUUGUGGAGAAUUUUGGGGUUCAAAUCAUUGAAAUAAAAAUGUUUCCAAAAUAGUA